GCCAAUGGGAGGACCCGGGAUCAUCAAAGAAGAUCCCGGGGGAAUGUGACCGAUUUUCUAUGUUCGAUUCUUUUCACUCUUUCAACACCAAGCACUCACUCGGAAAUUACAACUCGUUUACACGCAGAACCUGAGGCCGGAAUAGUCUGUCACCAGCAUCGCCAUCUGCAAUCCCUCUUUUCGCACGCGCAUCCAGAGCUCGCGCUCUGAGCCACCGUUUCUUUGCACACGAGCAUAGUCUCCUCGUCCAAUAUACACAAUGGUUGACUGGCUUCGUCUCGCUAUACCGUUUGCCUAUCUUGGCAUCCUGAUAGGCUCGCUAGCCAUAUUUUCAUCGCUGUACCGUAAACGAAAAGCAGCCAAAGCUUUAUCCCUGGAGCCAUGGUUCCCUUCACACCUCCAACGAGAUAUAUACAAUUCGCUGCUACAUCUUGAGCAGCCCACGACAUCGGGGAAGGAGAAGAAAGCCCCCGCUGUACCAGAGACUGUGUUGAAGGCUGCGCUCCUGCGUCGGGCCGCUGAGGAUAUUAAGCGAGUUAUGGCCAUCAGAGAUCAAAAGCAGGCUCUUGCUUUGCUCUUACAACGAGGCAGUGUUGGUGACGACCUCUGGCAACGAUUUACACGAGCAGAGAAAGAAAUGGAGGAUGAAGUUCGUGAUGUGGUUCAAGAAGCCAACGCAUAUGCUCCCAACUGGGGUCAAGUUAUCUUCCAGUCAGCCCGAGAAAUGGACCAGAACAACUUAUUCCGACAACGUAUUGAGGACUACCAGAGCAAAGCCAGCGAGGAACGACAAUGGUGGGACCGCAAGAAAGCCAGCAUUCAAGAGGGAUUCAUGAAAGAACUGGACGAGGAAGAAGGUUCAAAGGCAGCCGGAAACAAGAACACCGAAAAAGCUGCUGCUCCAGCAUCAACUACAGGCACAAGUGACGACGAUGGGGUUUUGGUUGAAUCUGAAGGGAUAAACGUCACAAGUGGCACGAGCAGUGUCAAGAAGAAGAAGAAGGGCAAGAAGUGAGGGAUUUAAUGGAGUUUUUUUUUUGGUGCUUUUGACCUUGACAGUGCUGUAACAUCGCGGUUGGCGGUCUUGUUUUAUUCUGUCACAUGUCUUUUAUUCUUCUAUUCUUCUUUUUUUAAGCCGUUUUCGAAGAAUACAUUGUAACACCAACAGGCCUUAGGGAUGUUUAGAAAUUUAUGCUCCAGACAAAGCAGUCUAACGUUGAUAGAUGUUUGUUCCAUCUUUAGGAUAUCUACAUAUUAAUGGAGGUCAGAUUUCAAUUAUGUA